GAAAGAGCCUUACUGGACAGGCCCGGUGAGGGUUACACGAAGGCCGUUGAAGCGAGGUUCCUUUCCCAUUCUUGUCUCUUGCUCCCUCCCCACCCGCAGUGUCGACAACAGCGAGUACAUGAGGAACGGAGACUUCCUGCCAACCCGGCUCCAGGCUCAGCAAGAUGCCGUCAACAUAGUGUGUCAUUCCAAGACGCGGAGCAACCCAGAGAACAACGUGGGGCUCAUCACACUCGCCAAUAACUGUGAGGUGCUCACCACGUUGACCCCCGACACGGGUCGAAUUCUCUCCAAACUUCACGCCGUCCAGCCCGUCGGCAAAAUCAGCUUCUGCACUGGCGUCCGGGUGGCACACCUGGCCCUGAAACACCGCCAGGGCAAAAACCACAAAACCCGGAUCAUCGUCUUCGUGGGGAGCCCCGUGGAGGAUAACGAGAAGGACUUGGUGAAAUUAGCCAAAAGACUGAAGAAAGAGAAGGUGAACGUGGAUAUUGUGAACUUUGGUGAGGAGGAAGCCAACACGGAGAAGCUGACGGCCUUCAUCAACGCACUCAAUGGGAAGGACGGAACAGGCUCCCACCUGGUGACAGUGCCCCCCGGGCCCAGCCUGGCAGAUGCCCUCAUCAGCUCGCCCAUCCUGGCCGGGGAGGGGGGGACCAUGCUGGGUCUCGGAGCCAGCGACUUCGAGUUUGGAGUGGACCCCAGCGCAGACCCCGAACUGGCCCUGGCUCUCCGUGUGUCGAUGGAGGAGCAGCGACAGCGUCAGGAAGAGGAGGCGAGGCGCGCUGCCGCUGCAUCCGCCGUGGAAGCUGGAAUUGUGACCCCGAUGAAUGAAGGUGGUGAUUUGACCCCGUACCGUGCCCUCCGCUCGGAUUCCUGUCAAUGUCCCUCUCAGUCUAUCUUCCCAGUUGGCCAGAAACAGCCGUGUGUCUGUGUGCUAUUGAACCACAGGAGGCAGCACACCUGCUGCUCCUUCCCAAACUACCCACCCCAUUCUCUCCGUUCCCCAUUCCCAUUCUCCUCCCUCCUUUCUCUUCUCCCCCCCUCCCCCCACCCCCGGCGAUUACCGUACCAACAGGAGGAAGACAACUACGAUGUAAUGGAAGACCCAGAGUUCCUGCAGAGCGUGCUGGAGAACCUGCCCGGGGUCGACCCUAACAACGAGGCCAUUCGCAACGCCAUGGGUCAGACCUCCAAGGAGCCCAAGGAGACCAAGAAGGACAACGAGGAGGAGAGGAAGUAGAGUGGGGGGGGGGAAACGGGGAAUUCUGACCAUACGGUGAUCUGCAUGUUGCUGCUCCAGACAGACUGGCUUGAACAUAGUGGCUAGCGUCACACUCUUUAGUGAUGGUUAUUGACUGCCAACAGCAAAAUGUCGCGCGCGUGAAAAAGCUCCCUUUAUUCCCUGCCCCGGGUGUGAUCGCACGGUGAGAGGUUUUGGCUUUGGAAACGGGAUGUUAAUAAAAUAACACAAAGACCUCA